CGACGACAUCCAGGCUCGUCGCUAUUGUUUCUGCACCGUUGCCGAAGCCGACGCCAUGCUCUACGCCCAGCUCGUCGCCUCUGCCGCGUAAUACCUGACGCGCCCAGUCAACAAGCCCUCGGCAGCCCACCAGCCAGUCUCGGUCGCCGCAGCAGUCCACGGACGACUUCCUCCACCUGCAGCCGCUGCGCAGACCGGAUGAUUCUUCGCCAUGGCCGCUGGCGACGAUGGCUCGGGCGGAGAGAUUCGGCGACGGUCCACGACCCAUCACGUCGACGACGUUGACGGUGUGUCAGCUGCUGACAUGGACACGCCCGCCCAACACGAUGCGCCGCAACCCUCAGCGACCAACGCCGACGCGCCUGCCUCGCAGUCUUCUGCCUUGGAAAGCUUCUCAGCGCCUUCGAUAUCGCGACUCUCGACCGACAAUGCGCCGCGCGUCCGCUUCUCUACCGACAUCGAACGGCAUGCCCCGGCGCAGCGAUCGAGGCCCACGACGGCCACCUCCGCAAUUGGCGAGGCUGCACACGCGGGAACGGCGGGGGGAACGAAGAAUCGCCCUGGUACGCCAGGCCUCACAAUCGAUACGCGCGAGGUAGCUGUAGGAGCAUCGUCUGCUGCAGCACAGAGCCCUUCCCCCUCGCCUUCUGGCAUAUCACCUCUGCCGCCGCGCAGUGCUCAGUCGCCCCUGUCACCGACGAGCCGCAACCGCGGCUACUCGCUACGCAGUGCGCUCUUUAGAAGGAACGUUCACGAACAAGCCCGGUCUCCUGGAUCCUCCAUUGAGCUCCAAGAAACCUCAGGAUUCUCAGCAGGAGGAGCUGGCUCUAGUCAGGUGGAUGGCGCGGACAACACAAACACAACCAGUAAAACCUUCAAUACGACCAUUUCAAUCACUCCCGCCCAUGUCAACUUUGCGGAGACGCCGUCCUACCUAUCCAACCCACCCAAGGCAAAGCUCGGAAAGGGACCCAUCGCACUUCCAAACUACGACACAUGGCUGCAAAACAAAGAUAAGGGCUCAGGCUACAUACAGCAAGUCAAAGCGUUGGGUGUCAAGGCAAAGAAGUUUAUCUUGCGAAUCAAGGACAUACCUCCCAGCAAAGAUGGACGCCACAUCGAUUUGGACCCCUCCCGGAAGGAACCUCUGACGGAUGAGCGGACGAACCAGCCGUUCAUAACCAACUGGAUCCGCUCGACUCGCUAUUCUGCCUGGAACUUUGUGCCCCGGCAAUUAAUUGCUCAGUUUUCCAAGCUUGCCAAUUUCUACUUUCUGUGUAUUAGUAUUCUGCAGAUGAUACCCGGUCUUAGUACCACCGGAACGUACACUACCAUUGCUCCGCUCCUAGUUUUUGUUACCAUCGCCAUUGCCAAGGAAGGCUAUGAUGACCUGAGACGGUAUCGGCUCGAUAAAGCAGAGAACAACCGGGAGACUCAAGUCCUUCGUGCAAGUAGGACCACGAGCAGUUAUGCAGAUGAUUUGGACCGGAAUUCCACAAUAACAGAACAGCUGAACUGGGAAAUUAUCAAGUGGCAAGAUCUUAACGUUGGAGAUAUCGUCAAACUGAACCGCAACGAUGCGGCACCGGCUGACCUAGCUCUCCUGCAUACGAGCGGAGAGAAUAACGUCGCGUUCGUGGAGACCAUGGCCUUGGACGGAGAGACGAACCUGAAGAGCAAACAGACAACAGCCUCAAUGACGAAGACCAUUCACAGCCAGGCGGAUAUCCUUACCUGUGCUGCUCACUUUGUUGUGGAAGAUCCAAAUCAGGAUCUAUACAGCUUCGAGGGUAAGGUCACAGUGGACGGCAAAACGGCACCUUUGACCCUGAAUGAAAUCAUUUUCCGAGGCAGUAUCCUUCGCAACACUCCGGAUGCUGUGGGCAUGGUCAUCUACUCAGGCGAGGAAUGCCGCAUUCGCAUGAACGCGAUUAAGAAUCCUCGCAUCAAGGCGCCGGCACUACAGACUUUGGUCAAUCGCAUAGUCAUACUUAUCGUGGUCUUCGUCAUCCUCCUUUCCAUCUUCAACACUGUCGCUUACAGGAUAUGGCGAAGUAACGAGGCCGAUGCUUUCUAUCUUAACGGGAGAUCUGUGUCGUUCUUUCCAAGUUUCACGGCGUUCGUAAUAAUGUUCAACACCAUGAUUCCCUUAUCGCUCUAUGUCAGUCUGGAGAUUGUCAAAGUAUUCCAGAUGUAUUUCCUUCACAUAGAUAUCGACAUGUAUGAUCCGGUCUCAGAUACGCCCUGCGAGCCACGCACAUCAACCAUCAAUGAAGAGCUGGGACAGAUCAGCUACAUCUUCUCGGACAAAACCGGGACGCUUACCGACAACUCCAUGAAGUUCCGCAAGCUGAGCGUAGCUGGAGCUGCGUGGUUGCACGACGCAGACUUGCAAGAGACGCAGAAAACAAAACUGAAGCACAAGAAGAGGAAGAAGGGCAAGCAGCCGAUCAGGAAGAGCAUGCGAUCAGCCAAAGACGUACACUCGCCUCUUGAGCCUCCGACAGCAGUUGCAGAAGAGGCGGAUCCGAUGGCAGGUGCAGGCGACGAGCCACAAGAGACGCAGUGGAAGUCGUCAGCACGACCUACCAAGUCCCAGCAUGAGCUACGCACUCAGGAUAUGCUACGCUACAUCCAGCGUCGACCACAUACUCCCUUUUCGAAAAAGACCCGCAUGUUCCUCCUAUCGCUUGCUCUGUGCCACACAUGUCUUCCCGAAGUGCAAGAGGAUGGAAAGACACAAUUCAUGGCUUCUUCCCCUGAUGAACUUGCGCUUGUGCAGGCUGCGCAGGACAUGGGUUUCCUACUCAUCAACCGCGACGUGCACACUAUUACCCUCAAGACCACGCCCGCAGGGACAGAUGGCGAGCCGGUUGUGGAAACCUUCGAGGUCCUUGACGUGAUCGAGUUCUCUAGCAAACGUAAACGAAUGUCAAUCAUUGUGCGCUUCCCAGAUCGAAGGAUAUGUAUACUGUGCAAGGGCGCAGAUUCAAUUGUUAUGCAACGGUUGAAGAUGGCAACCCUGGCGAACAAGAAGAUGGUCGACAUUGAGAAGCGUGCGAACAAGCGGAAGAGCAUGGAAGCACAGCACGCAAUUGCACGCAUGAGCGAACAGAUCGAACGCAAGAGUAGCGUGGGUGGCCGCAAGAGCUUUUCGCAAAACGUACGUGCUAGUAUCGCGGGAAGGUCCUCGCUAGGGCGUCCCAGUCUUGGUGGUGUAGGUCGAUCAAGCACUGGCAGGAGUUCUCUCCAGCAGGUGCGUGAUGUGGACCAGUGGUUGCGUGAGCGUGAGAACGAUCACUAUGAGAUCGAAUCCAUCGACGAGAACUCGCCCAUGCAAACACCACGCCAGUCUUCCGUUGCCGUUGGCAGAAUGUCUUUGGCUUUCUCCGAAGCCAGGAGCUCGCUGCAAUUAGAAGAGAUGGAUGAGAUGGUGGAUGAGACUGUCGCAGGCGAUGAAACGGCUGUCAUCGAACGGUGUCUGCAGCACAUAAACGACUUUGCUACCGAGGGUUUGCGCACUUUGCUCUACGGCUACCGUUUCCUUGACGAGGAUGAGUACGCGACAUGGAAGAAGGCCCACCUGGAUGCAACGACGAGUCUUGUCGACCGCGCAAAGCUGAUCGAAGAAUCUGGCGAUAUGAUCGAACAGGACCUCGAGCUGUGCGCUGCGACUGCUAUCGAGGACAAGCUGCAAAAGGGCGUCCCAGAAGCUAUCGACAAGCUGCGUAGAGCGAACAUCAAGAUGUGGAUGCUGACGGGCGACAAACGAGAGACCGCCAUCAACAUUGGAUAUUCCUGCCGCUUGAUCAAAGAUUACUCCACAGUCACCGUGUUGGAUCAUGAGACCGGAGAAGUUGAGCAGAGCAUGGGUGCGGCUGUGCUAGCCAUCAACAGCGGAACCGUACCGCAUUCCGUUGUCGUUAUUGAUGGACAGACACUCGCCCAAAUCAGUGAAAUUGAGCCGUUGAAGCUUCUCUUCUAUGACCUGGCUAUCCUAGCGAAUUCGGUGAUUUGCUGUCGCGCCUCGCCAUCCCAGAAGGCCAGUCUCGUCAAAGGCAUCCGCAAGCGCGUCAAGAAGAGUAUCACCCUCGCCAUUGGUGAUGGUGCGAACGACAUUGCCAUGAUUCAGGAGGCACAUGUCGGCAUAGGAAUUACUGGAAAGGAAGGCCUGCAAGCCGCUCGAACCAGUGAUUACUCGAUCGCGCAGUUCAGAUUCUUGACCAAGUUGCUGCUUGUGCACGGCAGGUGGAACUACCUGCGAACAUGCAAGUACACUGUCGGCACGUUCUGGAAAGAAAUGUUGUUCUACCUCACACAAGCUCUCUACCAACGCUCCGCAGGCUACACUGGAACAUCUCUCUACGAAUCCUGGUCCCUCACCACCUUCAACACACUCUUCACCUCGCUCGCCGUCAUCUUCAUGGGUAUCUUCGAGAAAGAUCUCUCCGCUUCCACGCUCCUCGCCGUACCAGAGCUCUACACCAAAGGCCAGCGCAACGGCGGAUUCAAUUUCAAGGUAUACCUGGGGUGGAUGUUCAUGGCAAGCGCCGAAGCUAUGGUCAUCUACUUCUGCAUGCUGGGACUUUAUGGCCAAGCGCUCUUUACGGAAGACAACUCCAUCUUUGCCCUCGGCAGCAUCACCUUCACCGCCUGCGUUGUCCUCAUCAACACAAAGCUCCAAUUCAUCGAAACCCACUCCAAAACCACGACCAACCUCAUCGCCCUCGUCCUCUCCAUCGGAGGUUGGUUCCUCUGGAACAUCAUCCUCGCCACCGCCUACCCCAUCGGCACGCCCAUCUACUUCGUCCGCGACGCCUUUUUCACCUCCUUCGGCCGCUCUUUCACCUGGUGGCUUACCCUCCUCCUGAUCCUCUUCUCCGUCCACGUCUUCGAAUUCGCAGUCGCGUCCCUCCGAGCCGCUUUCGUCACCACCGAUGAAGACGUGUUCCAAGCGCUCGAGAAAGAUCCCGAGGUCAAGCGCAGGUUUGAAGAGGCGGCUGCCGAGGAGCUGCAGAUGGGCUGGGACCGCGCGACGAAUGAGGAGAAGAGGAAGGAGGAUGCAGUUAAGAAGGUAGUCGAUCAGCUGAAGCGGAAGGAGGAGGAUAUCCGCGAGGAGCAGGUUAGAGAGAUGUUGAGGAAUAGGGAGAGGGGGCCGGGAGAGAACGGAAGUGAUGGGAGGCCCACGAUCGGUGCGGAGAUGGAGGGCGAGGAGGUCAAUCGCAUUCUGUCGAGGGGGUAUGGGCAUGUGCGAGAGGAAUAGGGACCUCAGACUGACGGGGCGGGUGAUUUGCGAUUGGUGAGAGUUAAGGGUUAGGCUGGAGCGAGAUCUUUUUCCUCGCGUGGAAUGGUGGGAGGCGAAGAGGGGUUAUGAGUGAUGAUGGCAUUGCGUUGGGCGCAGCGGUGUGGAAGUAUUGUUUGCGGCGUUCUCUCGGGCGGCUUGAUACCAUGGCGUGGCGUACAUGGUUUUGUUUUCGCGGCGCGUUGCACGGCUGCGCUGUUUGUGCGUGGUCGCUCAUUCCUACGUGUUCUCAUGACUGCGUGUGCUCUCUCGAAGCGUGGCUCGUGACUUGUGGGUGUACGGACCAGAUGUAUUGCUCAGACAUCGCAAAUGCUAGACUUGGAUCCCUGUGCACAUAGGCAGUUGUUAACCGC